AAUUUUUCAAAUUAUGCGUUACGGUGUAAACAAAUUAUUCAAAGAUUAGAAUAAAAAAGCGGUAUUGACUUGAAAGGUCUAUUAUAUUGUUACAUUUUAUCAAAAAUAGCCAUCACUGCCCAAUCUUACUCAAUUUUGGUGAAAGACUUGGUCGAAUGAUUCAUAAAUAUUUAUGGCAACUCCUAGCUUGAAGAAGGGUACAUCUAACUCAGACCUGUUAAACCACACAGUUACCACACAUUCUAACCCAGUUAGAGCAUUUUAUGAAUUACCUGAGGGUGCAUCAACAUCUGCUCAAAUAGUCAAAGAAUCAAGAGAUUGGCUUCGUUCUGUUUCAACAUGUAGGCCAUUUACACCUAAAGAUAAAACAAGAUCACUAUUAAACACAUUACAAACAAGAACUGGCUACAGACCACCAAGCGCUUUCAAGGUUACUGCCAAAUCUUUUGACCCUUAUGAAACAACAAGCAAAUCGAAUAUCCAAUUGGAACCAAUUCAUACAAAAGAAAAAAAUGUCCAGAAACCGUCAAAGCUUAGUAAAAUUGAAAUGAAACUUAACGUAAAACGAAAAUCUAAAAAUCCCGAUGAUCGAAUUCAAGUUCGUCACUCCGCAACAUCGUCUCAAUCCGGUGGACCCACGGAAGAACCUGUUUUGACUGACAGUCAUAAAAAUUCACCACGUCUGGAACUUAUUGGCACACAGACUCGUCUGAUCUCCCCGAUAAAUGUUAAGCGUCCACUUUGUUCGGUUCUUAAAGCAGAACGAUGCACCGCUUCAAAGUCUCCAUAUGGUAGUUGUACCGAACUUCAGAUGAUGUCAACUAAUCAAAAACAUUUACAAAAUACUCAAGUGGAAAUUAAAAAAAAUAAGAAUAUCUCCUCAAAAAUUAAUUCUAUUCUACCUGAAAAAUAUUCUUCCACUAAUAGAAUAACAACAAAUAUUUCCGCAUAUCCUUAUUAUCUUAGUCCUCCUGAAUUGUCAAUAUUAUCUUCAAUAGAUGAUAAUCAAUCGUUUAGACCAAAUAGUCCAAUUGAUUCAUUUCUUUUAUCAAAUAGAACAAUUUUAACUACUGAAGAAGAAGAUAAACAUCAAUUUAGAUCUAAUGGUAUUCGAUCUGCUGUUACUGGAACAAAUACAAAAAGAGAAUUUGCUAAAUUAAUUGUCGAUGAGAAUAAACCUAAAUCUUGUGGUCCACAUAAACGUCCAGUCAAUUACGAUGUAACUAAUAUAAAUUUAUGUGAUAAACUUCAAACAUCUGUUUCCAGUGAUUCUGGUUUGUCAUCCGUUACAGAACUGGAUAAUUUAAUUUAUCAAUUAAAUGAACUGUCAUUGUCAACAUCAACGAUAAAAACAGAGAUGUUAGAAUCAUCACCAUCAUCAUCCUGUACAAAUUUACAGAAUUCUAAAACAUUUGAUUCGCAAGCAUUGUUUAAAGACAACAGUGAUUCAUCGGUUCGGGAACAAUACCAAAAAUUAAGCGAAGUAAAAACAAAAGUUACAACUUCGACAAAAAGUAUUCAACAAUCGAUGAAGGAAGAAGAAACUGUUCAUUCAAAUUUAAUAACAAAUAAAUUAAACGAGAAUGAAAUCAUAGAUUUAUUAGAUCGUAUACAAAACUGUAUUAGUGAAUUUGAUUUGGAGGGGAAUCGAAAAUGGCCGAACCGUUCAAUGUUAUUGAAAGCUGUAUUCAACUUAAUUAAUUAUCCUUCAUCAAGGAUACAUCUAGCAGUAGCUAGAUUGAUCUUUACAAUGAAUGUAACUGGGAAAAAUUUGUUAAACAUUUGUAAAAUUGUUUACAAAGUAGCUAAAAAUGCAGAUAAUGAUUGCUUAUUUCUAGAGAAUCCUAAUACUCUUGAUGUUUUAAUUGGUGCUCUACACUUAUUGGAGUUGUCCAUUAUGCCUUUUUCUAUUUCCUCAUCUGUUGCCUAUCCGUCAAUAUUACCAGUAACCUCAUCGUUAUCACCAAAAUCGUUUUCAAUGAAUAAUUUGUUUCAAAACUCAACAUUAUUUUGUAUACAUUUAGAAAGUUUAUUGUUUUUAACUGGAACAAUAAAGUUCCUUAUAAGUAAUAUAAAUUUUAUGCACAAAUUUCAUUCCAAUUCAAGCUUUUUACCAAAUUUAAUGACUGUUCAUAAGCAUAUAUAUGAAAUGUUAAUUUAUUUCCUGAAGAAUAAGAAGUAUUUUUGUUCAGUGAAUACUGUUAAAAAAGAAGAGCAACAAAAUAGCAAUGAUGAUAAUGAUAGUGCUAGUAAUAAUGCUGUAUAUGGUAAUGAAAUUAGUAAAUUUAUACAACAUGCAUAUCACAUCAUUAUACAGGUCACAGAGAUAUUUUGUUAUUUAAGUUCAAUGGAUUCAUUUCGUCCUAAACUAAUUGUGAACGAUGGAAUAUUGCAACAUAUUGUAAAUUGUAUAAUCAGUUAUGAAGAAUCCGAUGACAAAAUGUUGAGGGAAAGUGGUGGUACUCCCACUACUUCUGCUUGUAUAACUACUGAUAAUCACGAUGAUCAAAGUGAAAUGGAAUUCAACUUUUCAAAAUUUUAUAAUAUUUACUUCAAUUGGAUUAGAUGUUUAUCUCAUUUAACAGAACAUGCAGAUGUUUGUCAUUAUUUAGAAAAUUGGUUAAUUCCAUCCAACAAAGAUAUGAAUAUCAAUUUAACAACAAGUAUGAAGCCGAACGAUUCGAUUAAUAUAUGUCACAUUUUAUCAACACAAAUUACAGAAUUGUGUUAUGCUUUAACCGAUUUCAUAUACAUUUUUGAAGAAAAACAUGAACUUGUUGUUAGGAUAGCCUAUGUACUUGGCAAUCUGGCAGCUAAAUGUGAACGUGCACGUAUAGCAAUAAUACCUAAUCAUGAUUCUUUGCUGAAACUAUGCAAUUUAUGCUAUCGAUAUAAUGAAAUACAAAAGUUUAUUCAUCAAUCUGAUCAUUAUACAAACAGAACUAAUUUGAAUAAAUUGAAAAAUCGUACUGAAUUUAAUAACACCGAUUUCCUAAAUAAUGCUUUAACAGAUAAGCUAAAUCAAUCUGUCAAAUCAACAUAUUCAUUACAAUAUGAUAUACUAGUGAAAUUACUUCGGGUUAUAGCAAAUGUUAGCAUUAGUAAUACGGUUGGAUUGAUAUGCACAGCAAACUUUGAUUGCAUAAAUUUAAUCUUAGAAAUUCUUGAUAAUCAAUCUAUUGGAGAACCGAAUGAAUUACUGCUAAACUGUUUUGCAUGCUUAAACAACUUGACUUACUACAUAAAACAAGAACUAACUGAUCAAUCUGUUAUAAAACAAUGUGAAAUAGCAGAAAGUUUAUUACGUGUAAUAAUGAAGACUAGUGGUUUCCAAGAUGAAUUUCUUGGUAUAAUACGUGUAUUUGGCAAUCUUACACGGCAUACAGCAAUAAGGCAAUGGUUAACUAAUAAUAGCAGUCGAUUAUUACAAGUCAAAUAUUUUUCAGCUUUCAAUAGCAUCAAUUCAAUCAGUAGUAUUAGUAGCAAUAAUAUUACGGAAUUGAAUAAUUUAGUUCAACAGAAUGCUUUUCUAUAUUUGAUCAUACAAGCGUUGGAUUCUCCACGACCAGAUAUUGUUUAUAGUACAUUAGGUGUAUUGAUUAACUUGAUGACAGAUUUGGACCAACGACCAAUGUUAAGGAGAAUGGGAGGUCUAUCAAAACUCGUAGAAAUUCUUCGUGAUUUUGCUGGCCAUGAUUGGGAGUUAGCUGGAUUAACGUGUAAAACAUUAUGGAAUUACACAGAAGUGGUUGAUAGUUCACAAGGAGCAAUGUUUGAUCAAGAAAUAAUGAAUGAGUUGCUAAGUCUGCUAACCAAAUUUACUGAUGAUAAACUUAUUGCACAAAUACAUAAAUCAUUAUUAUCAAAUAGUUUGGUAGCUGAAUCUGAUUGCUUAUUACUGUGGGAAUCUACAUGGUAUAGUGAAUUUCUUCCUUUUGCAAAUGAACUUAUUUAUCGUUUGUCAAAUGCGCCACAAUAAAAUGAUUUUAAUUUACAAAAAAAAUCACUCUUUUUCACUUACCAGUUCAAUGGACUGCAAUACUGUGAUUUGGGAACAGAUAAACUUAAUAACUGCCUAUAUUUCUUUAAUAUUAUUCAUAACCGUCUGUUCACUUUUUUUUAACAUGAACAUAUUCUGCUCAAUUUCACUUUAUGCUGACAUAAUUUUUGCUAAAGUUUUGAUAUUGUCUGACCGGAAACCAUUUCCUACAGCUCAACUAAUUCGUUGUAAUAAUAUCACUUAAAUAAUGAACAUUUUUACCAUUUAUACUCAGCACAAUAUUGACUGUUAUCAGUCCUGAAAGAUUUUUCAAAGAAGAUAUUACUGAAGAUAUUACUGACCAUUUAUUUUAAGAAACGAACAAACAUUAUUCAUCUGAGAAUUCUAAACAUUCAGUUUUGACAUUUGUAUGAUUCAUUCCCUUGUACUGUUUACUUUUGUAUUUUGUUAAUUUCAUUUCAACUUGAUUUUAGUAAUAGGUUACAAAGACUUAGUUUUCUAGUAUCUGAGUUAACUUUACGAAUCUAUGAAACCUCGGUAGCUGAAUAUCAGUCAGAUAUAUUAUAUACUGCUUAUUCAAAUUAUGAUAAAUAUACUUGACUCUCUCA